AUGAUGCAGCCAUAUUUACGCAAAGUCAAUUGCGAAGUGUGUGUAGUAUUAGUACUAGUAAUUUCGACAACAGCUGUGAUAUUUGGAUAUAGAACAGAAGGCAAAAAUGUAGCAGUCAUUGGUGAAGGUGCAGCUGGUAUAUCCUCAGCAUUAGCAUUGAUUGAGCGGGAUCCAAGUCUGAACAUUACUAUUUUUUACGAUGUACCAUUUGAAAAAAUUGUUAGUUAUGGUCCUGCUGGUUUAUUUCGAAUUGACACUCUCGAAAACAAAGUGUAUGGAAAACGAUCAUUUCCUCGUUAUGCUGAAUUAUUUCGAAAAUAUGGUGGUGAAGUUUCUGGUGUUAAUUUAGUAUCAGGGCAUAUUUUGUCAACAAAUUUAUCGGAACUUUUUCUGCAGGAUGAAAUUUAUGGAGAUAUAGUGUACAAUUUCCGUUAUCUUCGAGAAGAUGAAAUGAAGCAGUUCGCGGAACAAAAUGAGACUGAUCCAGUAUUCGCUAUUCAUUUCACAACUUAUACCACUGAAGGAGGUAAAUAUAUACCUUGGAUGAAACAGCAGUUGUUGUCAAAAGGAGUGCCAUUUGUAAAGCGUCAUAUCAAGACUGUAAAAGAUCUCUACAACGAUUUUGAUGUGAUUGUUAAUUGUGCGGGGUUAAACGGUGGUAAGGUAGCUAGCGAUGGUGAUGAUAGGAAUAUGUUUCCUAUUCGAGGCAUUAUAUUAGAGGUUGUAAAAUUUAUCAUUGAUUCAUUUAAAUUUAAGUUUGGAUUUGUCAAUGCAACAUGGCACAAGCACUUUUUAUACAAAGGAUUUGAAACAUUUUCCAUACCAACCACAGACAAAGUAUAUAUCGGAUCUGUAAAACAAGCUGGCAGAUAUGAUCUUGAAAUUACAGAACAAGACCGGAGUGAUAUCUUAGGACGUUACUAUCUUUUGCAGCCAGCAAUUAAAAACUCUACUAUUUUGAGCGAAUGGUCCGGUUUAAGGCCUGGUAGGAAAGGAGGCGUACGUUUGGAAAUGACAACGAUUCGAUUUCCAGCUUCAAAGUUAAGGAACGCUACCCAUAGCAAAAUCGUUAAGAUAGUACAUAAUUAUGGUCACGGUGGACAUGGUUUGAGUUUGAGCUGGGGUUGCGCUGAAACGGUUGCUGAUCACAUUCUGGGCAGUGUUAAUAAAAAUGUGCGAGGAGGAAAUCGAUGA